AUGAUCCAGCAGGCUCCAGAAGUCGCCAGCUCGGCACACAACGCAGCAUCCCAGGCCACUGAGCUCGCAAGCAGCAUGACCCUGGCGGACCUGUCCCCGCUGGAGAAUCCGAACAUCACCUUCGUGGUGCUGCUCUCCAUGUUCUCGAUGUCCAUUGCGCUUGUGGUGUGGGGCCGUAACGGCUUCUGA